AUGGCUCGAGCGAAGAAGGCCACUACCCCCGGCCCUGUGCAAUCGUCAACUAUUCGAGAUUUCUUUUCCGGCAAGGCCUCCUUAGCCAAGCAUACCAAGAAAACUCCUCCUGUCGUCAAGCGUCCCAAAAGCGAGGUCAUUGUCAUAGAAUCGUCGGACGAUGAAUCGACGGAAGUGAAACCCCCUCCACCGCGAAAGCGGCGCAAGUUGAGCACCAGCUCGGACGACAUUGAGAUUGUAGACUAUCGCAGAAUAGAUAUCUCCGAGCCUGGUACGUCGAGAGGGGCCGUUCGUGAAACAUCUUUGGCGCUGUCCAGGACGAAACUAUCCACUUCGACUACUUCAUUGCCCGCCCUAUCAAACCUCAACAUGUUUGGAAAGCCAAACCACUUACUAGGAGGGACAUCGCCUCCUACUAAUUCCUCGUCUGACGGCUCUCUGGGUACCGUGUGUCCAACAAAUCUCCCAAGCGAGGCGAACUCGCACUUCGUUGAUAUUGACCUGUCAAACGAACCCGAAGAUGAAUGGGCCACUGGCGAUGAUGAGUUGGCCCACCUUAUUCUAGAGGAUGGGGAUCCGACUUUGCAAGUCGCUGACGAUUUCCCGGAAGAGAUAGACGCGUUUGAACCCGACGAUGUAUCGGUUUCUGGCCCCCAACUACUCCGGUCUUGCGACGGAAAGACCGCGCCGUCGAGCAAUGCCUUCUCAGUUUUGAUGUCGUCCAACAAAGACAGGGAAGCUUGGAAGGAAGCCGCAGAGGCUGAAGACCCGACUUUCCGAGCGACGAAGAGCAACGGGGGUCGGCGGAAAGCCCCGUUCUAUAAGAUCCUUCAGGGUAUGCCUAUUGCGGUGGAUGCAUUCCGUUACGGGAAGAUACCUGGUGUGACAGCGUACUUUCUAACGCACGCACAUUCCGAUCAUUACACCAAUCUCUCUUCGAGCUGGAGUAACGGUCCUAUAUAUUGCUCGGAGGGUACGGCGAAUCUGAUAAUACACAUGCUCUCCGUGGACCGCAAAUGGGUGCAUCCUCUUCCCAUGGACACACUCACCACUAUCCCCAACACUGGUGGCGUAUGCGUGACUCUCAUUGAAGCUAAUCACUGUCCAGGAUCUUGCUUGUUUUUCUUCGAGGGCCAGCAGACGGUCAACGCUGGCGAUAGCGCCUAUGAUUCCCCGCACGUAGGGAGUAAGCGUCCUUACCGAUAUCUACAUUGUGGGGACUUCCGCGCCAGCCCGCAACAUGUCCUCCAUCCAGCGGUAAAGGGCAAGCACAUAGAUCAUGUGUAUCUGGACACCACCUACCUGGAUCCCAAGUAUACCUUCCCUCCUCAGCCACUAGUCAUUUCCGCUUGUGCGGAGCUCGCGAGGCGACUUUCUGGUGGUCAGUUGUGUCAAGGCAGUACGCGGCCAGUUACAUCGUGGAUGCAACCUUCGCCCGCUAAAGAGAAAGGGAAGAACUCGGAAGAUUCUACUUUGUUUGUUGUAGGGACGUAUUCUAUCGGCAAGGAACGCAUUGUCAAAGCCAUUGCGAACGCGCUCAAGACCAAGGUAUAUUGUGACAAGAGGAAAACAGCUAUAUUGAUGUGUCAAGACGAUCCAGCUUUACAUGCCCUCUUGACAUCUAAUCCGCUCGAAGCUCGUGUACACCUUGUGCCUCUUGGCGUUGUCAGUUCCGACAAGUUGAAAGGAUACGUCGAGCGCUUCAAGAAAUCCUUCCCAAAGGCUGUAGGGUUCCGGCCCACUGGAUGGACAUACACGCAGCCUGCUGGUACAGACAUGUCACCUUCAAUUGACACCAUAAUCUCUCGUUCGCAGAGCCGCUCAUUCACGUAUUCGGAUCUACGCCCAGUACGCAAUUCUACGGCGGCGCUGCAGGUAUACCCUGUGCCGUACUCGGAGCACUCGUCGUUCUUCGAGCUGACGUGCUUUGCGAUGUCGUUCGAGUGGGGGCGCAUGAUCGCGACGGUGAAUGUGGGCAGCGAGACGUCGCGCGCCAAGAUGGCGAAGUGGGUGCAGAAGUGGGAGGCAGAGAGGAGGAAGAAGGGGAAAGGGGCACUGGUGGUUCCGUAUCGCAAGGUCGAUUACUGGUGA